UAAGUACAUACUCAUACUUGGCGCAGUUGAUGAUAAUUAUUUUUUCAAUGUUUUUAUUGUAUUUUCUAGAGUCCAUUCACUAAGAUCAUACAUCCAUAGUCUCUCAGCUACUGUCCUUCACCCGUCACCAGCUCGAACCAUAAGUAGAACGCAGCACCACAAGUCCCGAGAACUCACUGACUCAUCAACCGACCAAUGUUUUGUCUGUCAACAAAAAGAAACACCCACACCCAUCUUUUCCUCCUUCGAGAGCUCAUGGACGCACAAUUCGAAAUAAAAGGUGGAAGUACACACAAGAUCUCAUGUCGACUUGCAGCAGGUAGCGGGCUCAUCCGUGGCCACACUUUCCACUUCGCAAGUCAUCGGCGACGUUUAUCGAUCCUAUAUGACCGUAGGGUCUAGAAAGAGCUCAUUCGUGGCUACAGUUCUCGUCGUCUCGAGGUCUUGUGUAUUGCGGAAGGAAGUUGGGGGGUUACGCGUUAGGGAUCUCUCUUAGGGGGUAUUGGGGGUACGAUGGGCAUUGUUGUUUUGUAUCCUGAGUGGGUAGACGUUGGCGUUGACUCGGCUCAGUCGGCGUUCGUGCUGGGUUGGCGUUCCGACUUGGGUGGGUUCGACUUUGGUGCAG